AUGUUGCUCCAUCACAAGAAUCCUACACCAUCCAUCUUUGAAUUUGGUAAGAUUUUAGGUUCCCUUGUCAAGGCCAAUCAUUACUCCAUUGUUGUUUCCCUUCAUCGACAAAUGGAAUUCAACGGACUUGCAUCAAACUUAGUCACUUUGAGCAUCUUGAUUAAUUGCUAUUCUCAAUUAGGUCAAAACGCUCUUUCUUUUUCCGUAUUUGCCAACAUUCUCAAGAAGGGCUAUGGUUCGGAUGCUAUAACUUUCACUACACUCAUCAAGGGUCUUUGUCUCAAAGGUGAGAUUCAUAAAGCAUUGCACUUUCAUGACAAGGUGGUUGCUCAAGGAUUUAAGUUGAACCAAGUUAGUUAUGGGACCUUGAUCAACGGGUUAUGUAAAGUUGGACAAACAAGAGCUGCGUUAGAAUUCUUGAGACGAAUUGAUGGGAAAUUGGUUCAACCUGAUGUUGUGAUGUAUAACACGAUUAUUGAUGGUUUGUGUAAAGAUAAACUUGUUAAUGAUGCUUUUAAUUUAUAUUUUGAAAUGGUUGCUAAGAGAAUUUGUCCUAGUGUUGUCACGUAUAAUACGUUAAUUUGUGGUUUAUGCAUUAUGGCUCAAUUGAAAGAUGCAAUUGGUUUGUUACAUAAAAUGAUAUUGGAAGACAUCAACCCAACUGUGUAUACUUUUAGUAUAUUGAUUGAUGCAUUUUGUAAGGAAGGAAAAAUGAAAGAAGCUAAAAAUGUGUUUGCUGUGAUGAUGAAAGAAGAUGUAAAACCUAACAUUGUUACUUAUAACUCUUUAAUGGAUGGACAUCAUCUGGUAAAUGUGGUGAAAAAGGCCAAAAGUAUAUUCAAUACUAUGGCUCAAAUCUGA